AUGUCGCCAACUCCAGAGCCCGGCUCACAGCCCCCGAGCUCAUCUUUGGCCCUCGACAAGCCUGUGCCUAGACCACCCAAAUCGGACGCCAGGACGAGGGAGAUCCGCACGCAAAACCGACGAAGGCAUUACCUUGAGGCACAUCCAGAGUACCUAGAGAGCACAGAGCACGAGUUUGCAGACCCAGUACUGUACGAAAAGCUCGUUCGUCAGUACCAAACGCCUGCGGAACGCGAGGCCGAGGGCAAACGUAAGGGAUACUCCCGCGUCCUAGAAGGGGAUCUCUUGAGAGGAGAGGCACGCAUGGCCGAGAUUGCUCAAAGUACUGCCGAGCCGUCUGCAUCUUCACCGGGGCCACCGGCUUUCGUCGACAUGGCCACGGUCGAUGCGGACCUCACCGCCCCCGCAGACAUGGACGAGGCAAGAGAGAGGUGGCAUCAGUUUUUGACGCGACGCUUCGUCCACGGCCAUGACGAUGAUUUUGACUAUGACAAGGUCGAUUUUAACGAGGCCUUCGAUGUCCUGGAGCGACGUGAUGCCGAAGACGCGCGGUUCGAAGACGAGGAGCCGGGCUGGGCGAGUGACCGCGAAAGCGGCGACCCCGAAGAACAGCAACCCGCCAAGUCCGGAGAGACAGGCAUUCAGGACUUUUAG